GGCUUUCACUGCUUGUCGUUGAAGCCAUUCAAAGCCUCCCGGGUCAGAAAGAGAGGCGGUUUUUUAGCCUAAAGCGGAGAAGGAAAAUCCGGAUUAUCUUUUCCCUGCGGGUAUUUAACAUGUUCCAGUGGAAGAAGACUGUCUACAAGAGCGUCCUCCUCUCCUUCGCGCUGGUGGUGGCCGUGACGGUGCUGCAGCGUGGCAUGGCUCCCACGCAGCUCUUCCAAGGCCAGCCGCCAGUCAAAGAGUCGGUGUCCCAGGAGCCACUCAAAGCCCAGAAGAGGGACGGGGUCAUCUCGGCCGCCAACAGUUUCUGGAAGAAGGAGAUCCCCACGGCCGAGGAGACGGCUCCGGCGGAGAAGCAGGUGACGGCGUGGGACGUCACCACCAUCAACUGCUCGGCCAACCUGAACUUCACCAAGGACGACUGGUUCAAGGGCCUGGAGCCCAACUUCCGCCAGUUCCUGCUCUACCGCCACUGCCGCUACUUCCCGAUGCUCAUCAACCACCCGGAGAAGUGCGGCGGGGACAUCCACCUCCUGAUCGUGGUCAAGUCCAUCAUCACGCAGCACGACCGCCGGGAAGCCAUCCGCCGGACGUGGGGCCGCGAGAAAGAGGUGGGCGGCCGGAAGGUGCGGACGCUCUUCCUCCUCGGCGUGGCCUCCAAGGAAGAGGAGCGGGCCAACUACCAGAAGCUGCUGGAGUAUGAGGACUACAUCUACAAGGACAUCCUGCAGUGGGACUUCUUGGACAGCUUCUUCAACCUCACCCUCAAGGAGGUCCACUUCCUCAAGUGGUUCGACAUCUACUGCGACCGGGUCCGCUUCAUCUUCAAGGGGGACGACGACGUCUUCGCCAGCCCGGACAACAUCCUGGAGUUCCUGCAGGACCAAAAGGAAGGCGGAGACCUCUUCGUGGGGGACGUCCUCCUCAAGGCCCGGCCCAUCCGCAAGAAGGAGAACAAGUACUACAUCCCCAGCGCCUUGUACAGCAAGAACAACUACCCGCCCUACGCCGGCGGAGGGGGCUUCGUGAUGGACGGCCCGUUGGCCAAGAAGCUGCACCGGGUCUCGGAGACCUUGGAGCUGUACCCCAUCGACGACGUGUUCCUGGGCAUGUGCCUGGAGGCGCUCAAGGUGGCACCCGUGGCCCACGCUGGCUUCAAGACCUUCGGCAUCGUCAAGAACAAGAACAGCAAACUGAACAAGGAGCCCUGCUUCUACCAGAGCAUGAUGGUGGUCCAUAAACUCCUCCCGGCGGAGCUGCUGGCCAUGUGGGAUCUGGUCCACAGUAACUUGACCUGCUCCAGGAAACUCCAGAUCCUUUAGCUCCGCCUUUUGUACUGGGAGGAAACCUAGACUGGUGCGAUAUCCAAACUCCUCGCCAAGGAGGAGGAAACCGUGUAAGACACGGAACACCAACGGGGAAGUCGUCCCGGUAUUUUAUGUUUAUUUGGGGAUUUUUUGGAGACAAAAGAUGGACAGUAGACUAUGUUGAGAAGGGGACUCCACUGGGCAUUUUCGGGGACGAGCCACAAAGAUUUGGCCUCCUCCGUUCUUUCCGUCACUACAGUGAGCAAAAAGAUCCAACUUUAUUUUUGGUUGUCGUGCUCCUGUGGUGUAUUUCUCAGCUGCGGGCUGGUCCCGAAAGUGCAGAUACCUUUAUUUCAAGAUGAAUGAAUGUGUGCACCAGAGUGGAUGAAGACUUGGAGGCUCCGUUGUGAUAACUCCGUCGACACGUUUACGCCAAAGGCUUGGAAGAAGAAGGGGCUGCGAUGGCGAUGGUUUUAAGUCCAGGUUGUAAGCUGAUGCAUAACAAUUGUGCAAUUUGCACAAGGAGGCGUUGGACCUCCUUACAUGUGCAAAUGUGCAGAAGGUACAACCACCAGCAAAACCUGGAGUUUGCAAUCACUUUUCUCCUCCAUAUUUCUGCCUCUGAUGGAGAGGUUUGUAUACGUGUAACUUGUGUGAUUGUGUAGUUGGUGGAUCUCAUCCUUUAGUUCUCCAGCUCUUUUUAUAGAAUAAACAGCAGGUCUGGCCAAACUUGGGUUCUCCAAAUGUUUUGGACUGGAACUCCCACCAUUCCUAACCACCUCAGCCCCCUCACCCUCCUCAAUUUCCUUGUGAAACCGGGAAGUUUUCCCGAGAUGCCAGAUUAGGUUUGAGAACAGAGGGAGUGAAGAAUAGAGCAAUUAGGCGUUCUGAGAGAAUCUGUGAGAAGUCCUUGAGUCAAUGGCAUCUCAAAUGGGGAAGCACAAUGCCAUUCAAACAAAAGGUUCAGGCAAGGGCAAACUUCUGCCGUCAGGUGUUUUGGACUGCAACUCCCACCAUUCCUAACAGCCUCAGCCCCCUCAGCCUCCUCAAUUUCCUUGUGAAACUGGGGAGUUUUCCCGAGAUGCCAGAUUAGGUUUGAGAACAGAGGGAGUGAAGAAUAGAGUAAUUAGGCGUUCUGAGAGAAAUUAUAGAGAAAUUCUGGAAGAAGAAGUCCAAAACAUCUGGAGAACGAAAGGUCGGGAACCCUUGAUGUGUAACGCUCUCCAUCGGACAGAUUCCUUUCCUCCAUCUCUUGCUUUUGCUGAGCCAAGCGUGUGAUUUCACUUGUCCCAUCUGCAGGCUGGAAGGAAAUAAUGUGUUAAUGUAUGUAUGUAUAUAUAUAUAUAUAUAUAUAUAUAUAUAAUAGACAAUGCACGUUCUGGUGCAGGAAGGUUUUCUUUUCUGUUUGUAAGUGCAGCAAUGUAAUGUUUGCAAAGACGGAUGGGGUUGAUUGACACACGUCAAGGUUUACUGCCAUUCCUGAGUAAAUGCAUCUUUGGGCAUUACUGUGUCUUCUUUAGCAGACAAUUCGGCACAAUUAGGAAAGCAUAGAGUCCCUACAAGUCAAUAAUAAAAGGAAGGAGGGGAAAAAAGCAGGUCAACAUAUUUCAGCAAACAUUUUGUUAUUCAAACGAACCGUGUGCAGAAAUCAAACAAGCAGGUCGAGGCAGUCUUGCAUAAGUCAAUAAAAAUAUGCUGAAGCCUCUCUAAAGUUCACUUGAAGGUAUUUUCCAAAAGGCAUGCAGGGAUAUUCCUGAGCGUACAGUGGAAAAACGGAAGCGUGGAUAUUUAUUUUUAUUUAUUUACUUGGUUUUUAUUCCACCCUGGUAUAAGGGACGCAAACCUGACACAAUGCAAUUAAAACCAGCCUUCAGCGUGACAGGUUAACUCAUCGUUGUACAGAAAAUGACAUUCCAAGGAGAAGAAAAUAAGUCUAAUAAAUGAAGAUAUAUAAAAAUAUAAUUGCACAUUUUCAAGGCUGCAGUCUUGCCCUGAGAUUCCUCCCUAUACACAGGACCCUAUGCUUAUCCAAUGCAGAUGAUAGAUAAUGGGCAAUCCCUUCCUUCUUUCAGUGAAGAAUGGGAAUUAUGGAUUAUGAAUUAUCCCUGAUGCUAUCAGAAAGCAAACCAUAGCAUUCAUAGCUAGAGGUUGGACUAGAUGGCCUUUGGGGGACCCUUCCAGAUGUAGGAUCCUUUGUGUCAGUAACAUGGAUUUGGAGGCCCUUCCAACCUGAAUAUUUCUGUAAACUUUUCCAACUUUUGCUGUGAGUUUUCUGGGUUGCAUGGCCAUGUUCUCUCCUGACGUUUCUCCCACAUCUAUGGCAGGCAUCCUCAGAGGUUGUGAGGUCUGUUGGAAACUAGGCAGGUGAGGUUUAUUUAUCUGUCCAGGUUGGUAGAAAGAAGUCUUGUGAAUGUUGCAAUUGGCCAGCUUGAUGAUCAUUUAAUGACCUUACAGCUUCAAAGCCUGGCUGCUUCCUGCCUUGGGGGGAAUCCUUUGUUGGGAGGUGUUAGCUGGCCCUGGUUGUUUCAUGUCUGGAUUUCCCCAGUUUUCUGAGUAUUGCUCUUUAUUUACUGCCCUGAUUUUAGAGUUUUUUUUUUUAAUACUGGUAUCCUGGGGGAAUCCUUUAUUGGGAUGUGUUAGCUGGCCCUGAUUGUAUCUUGUCUGGGAUUCUUGUUUUUUUGAGUGUUGCUGUUUUUAUUUACUGUCCUGAUUUUAGAGUUUUCCCCAACAAAAGAUCCCUCCUCAAUGCAGGAAGCAGGCAGGCUUUGAAGCUGCAAGGCCAUUCAGUGCUAAUCAAGGUGAUUAAUUGCAACAUUCACACUUGCCUCCAACAGCAAAAAAAGGCAAACAUGAUAAAAAAUAUAAUGUACAAAUUCUUUUUUCCGCUCUGGAUAUAUAAUGUCCAAGUUCUUUGUUCUGCCGUGGAUAUAUAAACCGCACUUGCCUAGUUUCCAACAGACUUCACAACCUCUGAGGGUGCCUGCCAUAGAUGUGGGAGAAACGUCAGGAGAGAAUGCUUUUGGAAAAUAGCCAGACAGCCCGGAAAACUCGCAGAAAGCCAGUUAUUCUGGCCAUGAAAAAAAAACAAUUUUUUCCAACUUUGCAAAACUCAAUAAAAGUUCUUUUUGGAGCAUGCUGUUUGGGGAUUCUGGGAUCUCUGUAUCUGUAUUGCAAUGAAAAAGGAACACACUUUUCCUCCUUUCUAAAUGGAAAAGUCAACAGAGCGGAGGGGAGGGCUUGGCAGGCUUUCCUUGGCUGAAUUCUUCUCAAUCUGAAGGUGCUUUCUGAGCACAACCCGGGGCAACAAGAAGGGCAUUAUUAGCAGAGUUUUCAGAGGGGACGAGGUGCUCCAAACUUCUGGGAAAAUCAUAAAUCGUCAAAUGAGUCAACUUUGCGGAAAGUUAGCAGAAGAUUCAGGACCAUUGCCUGUGACUUUGUUUUUUACUGUGAACUUUUUAUUAUUAUUUAUGAAGGUGAUUUUUUAUUCCCAGAGAAGGAGGAAAGGAACUGCUCCCUCUCUUGAUUUUUUUUUUUGCAAAGUUGCAAACUUUUGCUCCCCGUUUCUUCCUUGUUUCUUUUAAUAGUGAAGGCAAUAUGCUUUGGCCUGGGCAGAGCCCGACAACCAUCGCGUGCGGUGGAAGCAUCUAUUUAUGCAGAGACAGAUCUGCAUGUAAUUCCUUUUAAUUUAUAUACCUACACAAUACAUAUUAUCUGGAUGUCUAUUUAUAGCAGAUGCUGUCGAAACCUCUGUUUGUGUGUCUGAGAGCGGAGAUCCAUGUCGCUUUGUCCUGAUGGAGCUGUACAUAUCAAUGCCAUGGAAUUUUAUGAUUAUUUUGGUUUCUAAAUAAAAUGUUUUGUGUAAGAAAAAGGAAAAA